ACCAGAGGGGACGAGCUCGAGACGGCCUGAGCCGCUUACAUCCGGACGAACAUGGAGAGAGUUUGGCGCUUGGGAGUUGGGACGGUAACACAUUGCCAUCCCUAUUCCCUAGUCGCCAAAUAAUUGCGCUUCCAAGUUUUCAAGUGUUAAAUUAUUAGUAGGGGGCAGAUGGCGGAGCAAUAGGAAGGAGGAGAAGAAGAAGAGUUCCACAACAGUGUGUUCAGAGAGAAUCACGGCUCGCUUUCUCUCUCAACAUUGAUCGCCCUUCGCCCCGUCAGUCCCACAGUCCAGAGAGAAGAUCAAAGCGAAAUCAAAUCAUAGAAUGCCGUGAACCCGAGGUUUCUUCUCUCCUCGGCCUCUCCGAUCACCACCACAGCGGCGGCUCAUCGUCGUGAAUCCAAAACAUCCGGCCGUUAAAAGGGCUUGUCGAACGGUUUUCCGCCUGUCGGGGUUUGAAUUUGAUUGGUCGAUGUUAUCGAUGAGGGUUUUCCUAUUCCCCAUGGGUUUUGGAUGUUCUUUUUGAGGAGACUUAAAUGGUAUUUCUUGUAGUUGGGUUCGUGAGGAUCCUUAGGUCUCGCGUUUUUCACUGCUUGUUGCCUGAGGAAGCACAUGGGUUCGGAGCAUAAUAUAGAUAAUAACGCUAUAAUUUUGCUUGGUUGAGGAAUGUACAAAAACCAAUUACAAGAAUUGGCUCAGAGAAGCUGCUUCAACCUGCCUUCUUAUUCAUGUAUUCGAGAAGGUCCUGAUCAUGCCCCCAGAUUUAAAGCCACUGUCAACUUUAAUGGAGAGACAUUUGAAAGUCCUACCUUCUGCUCUACUCUGAGGCAGGCUGAACAUGCUGCAGCUGAGGUAGCAUUGAACACACUUGCAAGUAGAGGUCCCUCUAAAGCUCUGGCUGCAAGAGUUCUAGAUGAAACUGGAGUUUACAAGAAUUUGCUUCAAGAGACAGCUCAUAGAGCUGGAUUAAAACUCCCAGUCUAUACAACUAUUAGAUCUGGACCUGGCCAUGUACCUGUUUUCUUGUGCACAGUCGAGCUUGCUGGAAAGAGCUUUUCAGGAGAACCUGCUAAGACAAAGAAACAGGCUCAGAAGAAUGCAGCUAUGGCUGCUUGGACUACCCUGAAACAGUUGGCUCAGCAGAGGUCAUCUUCUUCUACUUCUACUUCCACUUCUACUUCACAUUCCUCUCCCCCAUCAGAUGCUGAGGGCAGUGAAGAACAGGAACAAGUUGUUAUUGCUCGUUUUCUUUCCAGUUUAAAAUCCACAGAAUCUAACAACUCCACACAUAAUGGCGGCCAGAGGUCCAUGCUUGCCAACUCAGAUCCAACUUCCGAAGCACAGGGUUUGUAUCCAGUGCAGUAUGAUAGUUGGCCUUACUCAAGUUUUCCUGCUGAAAUUGGCUUGUACCAAAUGUGGCAGCAAGCACAUUUGUUGCAGCUGCAAGGUCACCACCUAUUGGCAUUGCCGGUUCCACCGGCUCCACGACCCCCAGUUCUUCGCAUGCAGUCCAUUUUUGAGCCUGAUCACCACUUAUAUUUUUCAUCAAGGGAACAUCGACCAAUUCCUGUGGGGCCUGGAGUGGCUGCAGUUGAUGCCUUAAGCCCAUCCCUGAGGGACCGAGAACCUGUUCCAGCAGGGCCUGGUGUAACAAGUGCUACCCCUUCAUUUUAUAUGCAAAGCAAUUUGAGCAGCAGCUCAAUUAGGGGGAGGUCCAUGGUGAACAUUCAAGAGAUAAAGGAAGGAAAAACUGAGGAAUUAUCCAAUAUACAUAUGGCUGAAGUUUGUAAUCCUGCUUUUCAUGGUGACAGUAAGACUGAAAAAAUAGUCCAUGAAGCAAUUCAAGAAGAGAAGAAAAACAAUGGUGGCUUGGAACCCAAAGCUGGAGGCUCUGAUCAACAAGAAUGCAAAACAACCAGACAAUUUGAAGGGUUGCCCCUGAGCAAGAAUCUUGGAUUUCACUUUGUUGAGUUACCUGCACAAUCUCAUCGCACUUUUGACUCUUACUAUCGAUCACAUCUUAGACCACAUCUGCAAAGAGCAAGACCUCAAACUAUAAUUAGCACACCAGCAGCAGUGGCAGCGGCUCCGAUGAUGACAACAGUGGGUUGUGCUGAUUCACCGGGAUCCAGAUGCCAGACUUUGGGAAAUCAAAUGCCUGCUCUGCCAAGAAUGAGAACUGGAGCAACUUCAAAUUCCACCAGACCAAUAAAGGAUUUUGGAAGAGUUCCUUAUCGCUUCAUGGCCCCUGCUGUUCAGAUCAGAUCAGUUGCUCCAGUCUGCUCUGCUCCACCCGUGGGAAUGAGUCCAGAUGUUGGCCAGGUUGAGCAAUCAUCCAACCAAGAAGUAAAGAGUAGCAAACAAGAAGAAGACGUCUCGGCAGCAAGUUCGCAACUUAGUAAGCUUCAAAUGUGACUGUACCUCAAUCUUUCCAAAUCAAUUGUUAAUUAUUCGUUAAUUUGAUUUGGUACUUUUCAUAACAAGAACUAUGACAGGUGCUAAGGAGCCGUCAACGCUGAAUAAGAUGUAUAGGUCUUUAGUAUCGCUUGGGAAUAUAGAAAUAAGGAUCACUUUUUGUACGAUAGUAUGAAUUCAGUGGGGGUGGCUCUAUGCAAUGCACAUCUUGUGAAACUAUUCCCACUUUUUGGCCGCCGUUUGGCUGUUGUGAAUUUUAUGCUGUUUUUUCCCCUCCUUUAAAUGCUGUUCCACAAAAAACAUUAAAAUGGAUGUGGAGCAGCCCUUCAGACACAGAAACACAGCGCCAACUGGUGUGCCAGUAGUUGGGUUGAGUUUGUUUAUGCAAUGAAGGAAUGCAUUGUUGCAGAACAA